UGAAAAGAAAUGCUGUUUUAAGAGACACCAAAGAUGCUAACAAGAAAAAUUAAGCUUUGGGACAUCAAUGCCCAUAUAACCUGUCGUCUGUGCAAUGGAUACCUUAUUGAUGCUACCACUGUAACAGAAUGCUUGCAUACUUUCUGUAGAAGCUGCCUAGUGAAGUAUUUGGAGGAAAACAACACCUGUCCAACAUGUAGAAUUGUUAUACAUCAGAGUCAUCCAUUACAGUAUAUUGGCCAUGAUAGAACAAUGCAAGAUAUUGUUUACAAACUUGUUCCAGGCCUCCAAGAAGCGGAAAUGAAAAAGCAGAGGGAAUUCUAUCAUAAAUUGGGCAUGGAAGUACCAGGAGACAUCAAAGGGGAGACGUGUUCUGCAAAGCAGCAUCUGGAUUCGCAUCGAAAUGGUGAAACUAAAACAGAUGAAAAUUCAAACAAAGAAACAUCUGAAGAAAAACAGGAAGAAGAUAAUGAUUAUCACCGAAGUGAUGAACAGGUAAGCAUCUGCCUGGAAUGCAAUAGCAGCAAAUUGCGUGGAUUGAAGCGAAAAUGGAUUCGCUGCUCAGCACAAGCAACAGUCUUGCAUCUAAAGAAGUUCAUCGCCAAAAAACUUAAUCUUUCUUCUUUUAAUGAGCUGGACAUAUUAUGCAAUGAAGAGAUUCUUGGCAAGGACCACACACUCAAAUUUGUAGUUGUUACUAGAUGGAGAUUUAAGAAAGCACCUCUACUGCUGCAUUACAGACCCAAAAUGGACUUGCUGUGAGAGAACUUUAUUGUCCUUUUGGACAACGUUUUUUGCAGAGACUAUCAUCUGGCACCUUCUUAGUGCAUCACUAGUCAUGUGACACAAACCAGCUGAAAAACUUUGGAAGACUGUAGUGCUUUCUUAGCA